CCGCAUGCAGAUGCACGAGUUUUCUCUUUAAUCGCCAAUAAAACGCUAGUUUUCUGCGUAAAUUUCUUUUACUGCUAAUAAAGUUGUUCUGCAUCGCAAUAAGCAAUGGGAAAGAAAAAGUUCAUCGAUAAAAAAUCGGCAGUCACGUUCCGUUUAGUGAACCGUAGCCAGCAUGAUCCGCUGUACGUAGAUGAGACGGCACCGCAACAAGUAUUGGUACCAGUGAGACUUCCCCCGAAAUAUGCAAAUUUAAUUGGCAAUAAUGCCCGCCAGUCAGCUUCCGGACAUAAAGUCGACAUUGCUAAGCGUAAAAAAGAGCAAGCUAAGUUUGGUAUAUUCUUCGACGAUGAUUACGACUAUUUGCAACAUCUUCGAGAACCAGGACGUAACGAAGUGGUAUGGGAACCCGUCUCCUCAAAGUCGGCCAAAGAUGCCAACUCUUCCGCACCGCAAGAUGAUUCCGUUCGCAUCAAAUUACCCAGCUCGGCAUUUGCGUCGGAAUUCGAAGAAAAAGAAGGAAUCAUGAAGAAAGCUUUGAAUUCGACGCCUGGUCCGAGGCCAGAUUGGGAUCCCGAUGUGGUGGCGGCUCUUGAUGAAGAUUUCGAUUUCGAUAAUCCUGAUAACGAGCUGGAGGAUAAUUUUAUGGAGCUAGCUAUGCACAAAAAUGCUAACGAAGAUGAAGAGUAUUUUGAUGAGGAGGACGAGGAGGAUAUAGAUUCCGAUAAUAUGGAAGGUGGCUAUUCAGAUGAAGAACGCGACGGCCUAGGCCCGCUAGACGAUGCCUUUGGAAGAGAAGAAACGAAAUCUCGUUUUACGGAAUACUCUAUGUCAAGCAGUGUGAUUCGUCGUAACGAGCAACUUACCUUGCUGGACGAUCGUUUUGAGAAAUUCUACGAGCAGUAUGAUGAUCCGGAAGUAGGUGCAUUAGAAUGUGAGGAAAUUGAAGGACACGUGGAACCUAAUGACGAUGUUUUGCUGAGAUGUGCGGAAGAAUUCAAGAAAAAUCGCGAUGGAAAAUUUGAUGCUGAAUUUGAAAAGCAAUGGAUUAAAGAGCGACUUCUACAACUUCAAGAAGAACCAUCUUUUGACGAAAGCAUGGUAAAGAUGGAAAUUGAGGAUAACGCACAGAAGAAAUGGGACUGUGAAAGUAUCCUCUCGACAUACAGUAACAUCUACAACCAUCCAAAGCUGAUUCAAGAACCGAAGCGAAACCCUAAAAUUCGAAUCAAUCCUAAAACGGGAUUGCCCGAAAAUGUGCUCGGUGCUGAAGGAGGAAAAUUAACUAUGAAAUCAAUUGCCAAGUUUGAGCAAGGAGAAAGUGAGCAAAAGACAGGUCCGAAGUCGCUCUGUGAUGGCAGUGUCAUUUCUACCCUCAGUGUACUUUCCAUUCGACCCACGGAUGAAUCUUCGGAAGAAAAACGAGAACGCAAAAAAUUAUUGAAAGAAUACCGUGCAGAGCGCAGGAUAGAACGCAAAGCAAACACUCAAGCCUUCAAGCAUGAAAAGCAACUGCAGGAGAAGAACAAGAUCAACAAUCAGAUAAAUGCGGGUCAAAAGAUCGUCUAAAUGUCGAUCUGUUUCUUAUUUGUCUAGUUGUCGUCUCGUAUGUAUGUCCCAUUUUAUUCGUGCUUUGCAUAAUAAUAAAGUGAA